UUCCUUUUGAUUUUGAGCUAUGAAAUGAAAUAUGUUGUUGUUCUGUUCUGUUCUUCACGGUUGCACAGGUUGUUCUUACAUUUCGGAUUAUGCUCUCUGAUAGAAACAUAAAUUCAAAAGAAGAGGACGGUGAGUUAAAUUAGGAGAAAGACGAAAUUGGGGCCUUAAUGAGAAUCUGAGGGCCCGGAGCCGAAGCUCGGACCCCCUUCGCCACCGCUAUCGUCGUCCUCGAUCUUAGGUUUUUCACUGUUUAGCGAUUCAAUCGAAAGUUGAGCAGUUUCUCCUUUGAAGAAGAGAAAUUCUGUUUUAGUUUGGGUUUGGGUUUGGAUUUUGGAUUUAAUUGAUGGGUUCGAAGCCGUGGCUACACCCGGCUCCGACCUAUCGUCCCCUCGAGACCUACUGGGAUACCGAUGAAGAUUCCCCUGGUCCUCGCUGUGGUCAUACUCUCACCGCCGUCGCCGCUACCAAGACUCAUGGCCCUCGCUUGAUUCUAUUUGGAGGCGCCACCGCCAUUGAAGGCGGCGCCGCUUCCUCCGCCCCUGGCAUCAGGUUAGCGGGUGUGACGAAUUCGGUUCAUUCUUAUGACGUUUUAACCAGGAAGUGGAUUAGAGUCAGGCCUGCCGGGGACCCACCUUCUCCGAGAGCAGCGCACGCUGCAGCUGCAGUGGGCACAAUGGUUGUCUUUCAGGGUGGCAUUGGUCCUGCCGGGCAUUCUACAGAUGAUCUCUAUGUGCUUGAUUUGACUAACGAUAAAUUCAAGUGGCACAGAGUGGUCGUGCAAGGGCAAGGGCCAGGUCCUCGUUAUGGGCAUGUUAUGGACUUGGUUGCUCAAAGAUACCUUGUUACUGUUAGUGGCAAUGAUGGGAAAAGAGUUCUUUCUGAUGCUUGGGUAUUGGAUACUGCCCAAAAACCUUAUGUAUGGCAGAGGCUGAACCCCGAAGGUGAUAGACCUUCUGCUAGAAUGUAUGCUACUGCCAGUGCUCGCUCAGAUGGCAUGUUUUUGCUUUGUGGUGGAAGGGACGCUUCUGGCACACCAAUGGCAGAUGCUUAUGGGUUGCUAAUGCAUAGGAAUGGACAAUGGGAAUGGACCCUUGCACCUGGAGUUUCUCCUUCAUCAAGAUACCAACAUGCUGCGGUUUUUGUUGGUGCAAGAUUACAUGUUACCGGAGGUGCUCUAAGGGGAGGGCGUGGAGUAGAAGGUGAAGCUGCUAUUGCAGUGUUGGACACUGCUGCUGGAGUUUGGUUGGAUAGAAAUGGACUUGUGACUUCCCCACGUACCAGCAAACAUUCUGACUAUGAUCCUUCAUUGGAGCUUAUGCGCCGUUGUCGCCAUGCGGCUUCAUCUAUUGGUGUUCGUAUCUAUAUAUACGGUGGCCUAAGAGGAGAUAUCCUGCUAGAUGAUUUUCUGGUUGCAGAAAAUUCAUCAUUUCAGGCUGAAAUGAAUUCUCCUGUUUUGACAUCUGAGAGAUCAACGCCUAUUACAAGUCCCAAAAUAAAUCAAGCUAACCUAUCUUUCUCAGCAACACCUUCUCUAGAUGGUGACUCUGAGAGUUCCACAUCUGGCGGCAUGAGCAGCAUGGACAAAAAUUCUUUGGAAAAACUCAGGGAGGCUUCUGCUGCUGAAGCUGAGGCUGCUAGUGCUGUAUGGCAAGCUUUGCAGUCUUCAUCUGUUGCUCCUGAAGAAACAUCUGUAUCCGAUGACAACUCACAAGUGGCAGAAACAAUUUCAGAUGGUAGUGACAAUGAGGCUGAUGUUCGGCUCCAUCCUAGAGCUGUUGUAGUAGCUAAAGAGGCUGUUGGUAACCUGGGUGGGAUGGUGAGACAAUUAUCUUUGGAUCAAUUUGAAAAUGAAAGCAGAAGAAUGGUUCCAGUAAAUAAUGACUUGUCAUAUCCAGCCAAAAAGUUCACCAGGCAGAGAUCUCCUCAGGGCUUACAUAAGAAGAUUAUAUCUGCGUUGCUGAGGCCUCGAAACUGGAAACCUCCUGUCAACAGAAGGUUUUUCUUGGAUUCUUAUGAAGUGGGGGAGCUUUGUUAUGCUGCUGAACAAAUCUUUAUGCAAGAGCCGACAGUUCUUCAGCUUAAAGCACCUGUUAAAGUAUUUGGUGAUCUUCAUGGACAGUUUGGUGAUUUGAUGCGGCUGUUUGAUGAAUAUGGAUUUCCAUCCACGGCAGGAGACAUAACGUAUAUUGACUACUUGUUUUUGGGAGAUUAUGUUGAUCGGGGACAGCACAGCUUGGAAACCAUAACUUUACUUCUUGCACUCAAGAUUGAGUAUCCAGAAAAUGUUCAUUUAAUACGUGGAAAUCAUGAGGCUGCUGACAUAAAUGCACUUUUUGGUUUUCGUAUUGAAUGCAUUGAGAGAAUGGGAGAGAAUGAUGGAAUUUGGGCGUGGACACGAUUCAAUCAACUUUUCAACUAUCUUCCACUUGCUGCACUCAUCGAAAAGAAAAUUAUAUGUAUGCAUGGUGGCAUAGGGAGGUCUAUACAUUCUGUAGAACAAAUAGAGAAGCUUGAGAGACCUAUAACAAUGGAUGCAGGAUCUAUUAUUCUAAUGGACCUGUUAUGGUCUGAUCCAACAGAGAAUGAUAGUGUGGAAGGAUUGAGACCAAAUGCUAGAGGGCCUGGUCUUGUUACGUUUGGGCCGGAUCGCGUCACAGAGUUCUGUAAGAAAAACAAGUUACAGCUAAUUAUAAGGGCCCAUGAAUGUGUCAUGGACGGGUUUGAAAGAUUUGCCCAGGGACAGUUGAUCACUCUUUUCUCAGCAACGAACUACUGUGGGACGGCAAACAAUGCCGGGGCUAUUCUUGUAGUUGGCAGGGGAUUGGUUGUGGUUCCAAAAUUAAUUCAUCCAUUGCCACCUCCAUUGCAAUCACCCGAGACAUCUCCAGAGCGUGUUAUGGAAGACACAUGGAUGCAGGAGCUUAACAUUCAAAGACCACCGACUCCGACUCGUGGUCGUCCACAGCCUGACCAUGACCGGAGUUCUCUUGCUUAUAUAUGAUAUAUCUUUCCUCAUGCCACCGAUUUUUGCAUCUUUGUAAAUUGCCUUGUAUGUGAUCUCCUCUUCUCCAGAUGCUUAUUUUAUUCUUGAUUCAACCUCAAGCAGAAUGUCUGUAUUGGUUCUCCUAUUUUAUUCAAGUCACAUAAGAUGAAUGUACUAUAGAUUGGAAGUAGUAGAAAAUUAGUUGUUAGCGGGAUCAUCACUCAAGAUUGAGUUUGUAAUACAUGUACAUUAUUUUAUUUUAGGCCCAUCUAGAGAUGUAUUUUCUGCUGUCCAACAUAGAGAAAACUUACAGGGGAGAAAUUUGGUUUAGUCUUUGUGUAAUGUAAUAUAAAUUACAAAAUAAUUAUGUAUACCAUUUGUUUCUUAAAAAAAAAACCGUUUCUUUUGGCGAGCCA